GAACUCCUACUUCUGCGAGCGGAGCAAGUAGAUCAGUCCUCUUUUUCUGGCUUUCGAGAUCUCGAAGCGUUCUGGUUUCUCCAUCUGCGACUAGACAGGUUAUCCAUUGCUUCUUUCAAAUUGCUUACCACUCUGCCAGAAUCAAGAAGAAUCAUGAAUUCAAGAAGGGACCAUCGCAGCAACAGAGCUGCAUUGUUUGAUGGCAUUGAAGAGGGUGGAAUCAGAGCAACAUCCUACUCUUCUCAUGAGAUUGAUGAGCAUGACAAUGAUCUUGCUGUGGAUGGGCUCCAAGAUAGGGUUAAUAUUCUGAAGAGGCUAACAGGUGAUAUACACGAGGAGGUUGAAAGCCACAAUCGCAUGCUGGAUAGAAUGGGAAAUGAUAUGGAUUCUUCAAGAGGAGUCCUAUCUGGAACCAUGGAUCGUUUCAAGAUGGUGUUUGAAAAUAAAUCAAGCCGCAGGAUGGUUACACUUGUUGCUUCAUUUGUGGCGCUCUUCUUACUUAUAUAUUAUCUUACAAAGUAACUAACCAUCCAUGUGCUAAGAAAAUAUGACUCGCAUGCAUAUCCUUUCUUGGAUGUUUAGGGUAUACAUAUAAUACAUUAUCUUGUGCUCAACUAACCAUGCAAUAUUGUAUAUUUGUGAAGUUUAAGUUUUUUGUUUUUUGUUUGUAUUUUAUGUUGAGUAUAUCAUAGCUGACAAAAAAAUAUGGGGAUUGUUUGGUUUUCUCGUAUGCAAUAGCAAGAACUUCAUUAAAUUAGUA